AUGAACAAGCGAUCACCGAAGGGGCCGUCGCCGCCAGCGGUGGACCCCGUGCCGACGACCUCGCAAGGCUGGAACGAGCUUCGCAUGGGGGUCAAGGGCUACAAGGACUUCGAGACCGUAAAGCGCACCGAACGGCAGCGGGUGUGGGACGAGAUGCGCAGCAUCGCGCGGCAGCGGUAUGAGAACGGCGAGAUGCCCGAGUGGUUCAGGCCCGCGUGGCUGGACAUGGAGGAGGCGCCCAUGAACACGUUCUGGCGCGCUGGGGGGCUGAAAUACUACCAGCAGGACUCCCAAUGGCUCGGUGGCGUCGGCGACGAGGAGGCGAGCAGCAGCGGAGGCGGCGGCAGCGGUGACAGCGGCAGCGGCAAGGGCGGCGGCGGGGGCGGCGGCGGCAGCAGCUGGGGCCGGUGGUGGCGGGAGGAAGAUCCUUACUGGCCGCUGCGCAACUGGGGGGACCAUCCCAUGCGAUGGUGGACAGUUGGAUUCGGGGCGCUGCUCGCAGCCGGCGGCCUGGCCGCGUUUGCUGCGCACGGCAGCGCGGAGGCGGCGCGCGUCGGGCUGGGCUGCGGCGCAACGCUCGCGGUCUGCGGCGGCGCCAUGUCUGACAUGCAGCACGGCCAGUUCGGGGAGCUGGCUGUCAAGGCGGCAUGGGCCACCUGCCUGGCGCUCGCGGCGCGCGAGUACUGGUGGGGCUGGCAGCACAAACGUGGCCGUCGCAUGCGGCGCCCACACCUCGAGGGCUGCGGCUUGACGGCGGCGGCGAUGUGCAUCCUGUACAUGUGGACGGGCAUGAGCGGGCUGGCACAGUACGCGCUGCCCACAAACCCUGGGGAGGCGUUCAAAAUGUCGGACGUGGCGACGAAGUCGAAAAUUUGGGAGGCGUGGGGCUAUGGAGACGUCACGCUGCGGUAG